AUGCUCUUUACAAAGGAAAGGCACCGACGUGUAGCGGUUUCUACAAUUUUUUUUCACAUCAUUGCAUUGUUACAGUUUAGUGGAGAUGCGACAAUCCACUGGUGCAGAAGAGGGAGUGAACGUGUUCAGCGAGCUAUGAAUGGGAGGCUCCUUGAGGAGGGUCAGAUUGGAAAGAUACCAAAUGUAUUACACAAUUAUAGUAAGAUGAAUUUGAGCACUAAAAGUUUCGUUCAGGUGAAGGUGAAAGACAGUCACGAUAGGAAUAUCAGGAGAGGAGGGGUCACGACUUCGGAGGGAAAUUACCAUAUCCCUAAUUGCGACGACACAGACGAAAGUUCUAAUUUCUUAAAAAAAUUCUGCAGGUCGAUGAAAUCAUUCGUAGGAAUUACACCACAUGACAAAGAUUGGUGUUUAAAGUAUGAGAAAUUCAGAAGGUUUAAACAACACUUUGUCUACAUGGUACAGAAUAACCUAUCCCUCGGGAAGACACGAGUUUGUCUAAUUGACACAGGGCUUGAUCUGCAGGAUAAGGUAGUAAGGCAAUUUGUGAAAAUAUACAGAUGGGAACACAGCAAGGAAGGUGAUAAUCCAAGCGAGCGAAGUGGUGGUGGUGAAUAUGAUACGCAUCUCCAAUUAGAGGAACGGGAUGAUGAAGGGGCUUCCCCAAGUUGGGCAUAUCCAAAGGGGGGAGAUGCGAAGUACGAUGGAAUAAAUACUGAAAGGUGUAACGAGGAAAAUUAUGCCAGGUGUCAAUCCAGUGAUAUCGAUGAUGUAGACAUGCAUGGAACGUUUAUCGCCAACACUGUCAUUAGGAGGGAUUUAUUAAUGAAAAGGGAAAUGUACAAAAAGAACGUCGAACUUAUUGUGUGCAAAGCGUUUGGAGAUAGAGAGGAAACGAACUCGCAUUUGAUGCCUCUCAUCAAAUGUUUGGAACAUUGCAAAGGGAGUGGUGCCAAAGUGAUCCACGUCGGGUAUAACGUAGAGGGGGAGAGCGAAAAGUUGGUGGAGGUGAUGCAGGAGUUGGAGCGGGCCCAAAUUGUUGUGGUGUCACCGUCUCUACGGGUAUACACUGGUCAGAGUGACGAAUCACAACAACCUAGAAAGGAACAUGGAGAGGAGCAUUCAACAGAGAAAUUAUAUCCCUCCUCAUUUGCGGAUACUUUUGAGAACGUCUUUUCCGUGGGUGCCCUGCGGAACUCUACCCAGGGGGGGUUCGUUCCUAUCUCUGGUAAUGGGAAUCCAAAGGGGGAAAAACAAAAGUGGAAGGUAUUACACAAGAGGGAGAAUACAACUUUGUUUAGCUUCUCAUAUGGAAAAACCUUUCCGUUUGGAAGGAGCCCCUCUUCGAUGGUGGAAGAUGGUGAAGGGUACGCAUCGGCCGAUUUUGUAAACAUCCUAGUGAUGAUUCUAAAUGUCAUCCCCAAGUUGUCCAUAAGGAGAAUGAGGCAUAUUUUGAAAAGAUCUAUCGUGAAGAGGAGUGAAAUGAAGGGGCUAUCCAAGUGGGGAGGCUAUAUCGAUCCCUUAAAAGUGAUUGAUGCGACAUUAAAGGAGAGGAAUGAACUUUGUAAAACGUUUUUUGGAGAAUUGGACUUGGAUCUGGAGGCAGAAGGAGGGAGUAGCAGCUUCAGGGGGGACCUAUCAAAGGGUGGUUUUUCCGGAGGUAGCAUGACAGAGGACCUUGGGGACUGGGUUGAGAAACCUACCACUGGUACAGAAGAGCAAAUUUUUGAUAAAACUAUCACGGGAGAUGUGACUCCACGUUUAAACGAUGAACAGGAGGAGAGUGAAAAAGCAACUGGUCAUUUGGAAGACCAAGUUAUAUUCCCACAACAGAGGGGUGAAAUGGAAGAGAUGGAAAGGCAUCUUGUAGGUGAGACGCUGAACGGGUUAGACCCGGAGGAGAGAAACGAUCUGGGUCGUUACGACAUGGCACACUACGAUAUGGAUGUUAUUUCUAAAUGGGAGGAGGAUUUUUCCGAUGGGGUGGCUGCUCUACGUGAAGACCCCGCCAGUGACACCACCUUCACUAGUAUGUACAAUUAUGAGGAGAACGUGUAUGUGCCUGAUGAGGCAAAAGAAUCGUUUUAUGAAGACGCGGGAAGAGUGACAGUGACAGGGGAGAUGUCGAGCCUCCCUUUGGGCUUCUCCUUUUUGGAAAAUCACACCAAUGAUAGGGGGAGUGAUCUACCUCUGUAUCGCACGAACGAACGGGGGCAAGUGUAUGCAUCUGGAGAUGGUACCCCUGGUCUUCCUUUGAAUCGCAGAUCUCAGGACGAAAAUGGAUUCCCAGAAAGGUGGGGUCAACAGGGUAGACAGGCAAUGAUUGAGGAAGAUAGUGGUGAAGGUUACCACCAUGGACAAGAUGACUGGGUUACUCAAAUGAAAGGAACUAAAAGCGUGGAUGACCCUGAAUACGAUGUAGGUAGAAUGUAUAGGGACUCACCGGAGGGAAUUCCAGCAGAGGAGUUAUUACGCUCUGGUUGGAGGGGGACCACUCCACCCUUGUCAAGAUGGAACCGGAACGGGGAAACAUCCCUAUGGGGAGAUGAAAACGAAGGGUAUGUUUUUUCUCCUAAUGUUGAUAACAAUUGGGGAGAGAAGGAUGGUAGGAACAGGAGAAAUCCCCAAAGGAGGCGUUCACGAGACGAUCUGGAGAGAAGGCGAAGAAGAUUCCCACGGGCAAUGCCAAGGCAGAGGAGAAGGAUUCCAAGAAGAGGAAGAAGUAAGAGGAGGCUGAAACAGAGAGAAGCUGGGGUGGUGCGAAAAAAUGGACGAAAUGGAAAGAGGAGAAAUGAAAAUGGUAUGAGGUCUCGGAGAGAGGGGGAGUAUAGCAACAUGCCCAUGCGUAGAAGACCAGUUCGUGGAAAACCGGUGCCGGGCUUUGCGCCAAAGAUGCCACGAGUAGUUAUGGGAAGGAGGUAA